AUGAAUUUCUAGCUAUUUGGUUAAGUAGUAAAUCUUUAUAUGGUGAAUAAUUAUUACUGCAGCAGGGAAAAGACUCCAACAUUCCCAAAAGUCCAAAGAAAAAGAUGAUGAAUAUUGUUAAAAGCCUUUCAAGAGAUAGCUCUUUCAGAUGUGGUGGCAAAUUCAAUAAGAUGGUGGAACUCAGGAAAAAGAUGUUCACCUUUAGGGACAUCCUUGACCUACCUCCUUGUGAUGGCUCUGUUUCCACAACUGAUUUGGUGAUGAGAAUGUUAAAAGAUCUUCAAGGUCUUUACCCUGAGAUUAUACCUUCUAAUCAAUUAUCCGAAUUCAAAGAAGUAUCUAUCGAACAGAGUUUGGCCAACUUCUGCAAGGCUUUGAAAUCUAUUGGAGACUCAUGGAUGAUGAAUCAUGACUGGACCGAAAAGUUCAAUUACGACUUAUCGUCCUGCAGCCAAGAAAACAUCAAUUCAGAUAAACUUGCUGAAAUUGUUUGUGCAAUGCUUGAUUGCGUAAUAAAGAUGGCCAGAGAAAAGUUUGACAUGAUGGAUGAGGAUGAUCAGAAAAAGGAUGACCUUUCAGGAUCAGAUUCAUUUGGUAGAGUCUUAAGUGAUUCAUAUUCAGAUAUUAACUCCUACUGCACUUCUCCGGUCACCCCGAAAUCUGUCCUACCGAAGUCAAAAUCGAUCAUCAACUCUCCUGAAAAAGAUGAAGAUAAGACUAGAUUUGGUUAUAGAUCACCUCUGCUUUGGUCUCUCAGAGUUCAAGCGGUUGGGAAAUUGAAUCCUAUUGAUGUCAAGCACCUGUCCCUUCAGCUAUCACCUGUAGGAGCCAAAGAUUUGAGCAGUUUGGGCAAAAAUAACAGUACAAUCUCUGAGGAAGCAAGAACAGAAACUGAAUUAGGAAGCAUCAAGGAAAUAACAACUGAUGAUACCAGUGAUGUAGCGAGAGAUGACAAUAUUGAGACAGAAAUAGAUGAGCUUCCGAAGUCAAAUUUAAUUGGAAAUGGGUCAGAAAACAGAAAUGUUGAUGCAGAACCCACGGAAGUGCUAUCCCUUCCUAUCUUGCCACCCAUGCCAAUCAUAAAUGUACCGACGCCGCCACCGCCACCGCCACCACCACCACCAUCAAAACUACAAACUUCACCAUCGAAGUUGUUGCCAGACACAAGACCACCCCCACCACCACCAUCACCACCACCACCAACUCAGCAGCCAAAUGCGGCAGCUCCACCCACACCACCACCACCACCACCUCCUCCGGCACCAUCAGCAUCAACACCAUCCACUCUGCAGCCAAAUGUGGCAGCUCCACCACCACCACCACCACCACCUCCGCCACCUUCAGCAUCAACACCACUUACUCUGCAGCCAAACGUGGCAGCACCACCAUCUGCACAGGCAUAUGUAAUGGCACCAGCACCUCCACCACCACCACCGUCUGUGCAGCCAAUUGUGGUGGCACCACCACCACCACCACCAGGGUCCAAAAUUUCAUCAAAUGUAGCAGCGGCUGCUUUUCCCCUGCCUCCUCCACCUCCAUCCAACGCAUCAGGGACAGUACUACAAGCUCCACCACAACCGCCGCCAUUGAUACCUUUAAAAGGAUCAGUGCCAGCACCACCACCACCAAUGACACUGGGAAGUCGAGGUGCUCCACCACCUCCUCCUCCACUUAGUUCAGCAAGAUCCUUGCGCCCCAAGAAACCAACUACGAAAUUGAAGAGAUCAUCCCAAAUAGGUAACCUUUAUCGUGUUCUCAAGGGAAAGGUGGAAGGAAAUUGCCUAACCGGUAAGACAUCUAAUGCGAGAAAAGGUGGAGUUGGUAGCAGUUCUGGUGGAAAACAAGGAAUGGCUGAUGCUCUUGCGGAGAUGACUAAGAGAUCAGCAUACUUUCAGCAAAUUGAAGAAGAUGUUCAGAAGUAUACAAAACCAAUCAUGGAGAUAAGAACCGCAAUCGGUUCGUUCCAAACCAAGGACAUGAAUGAGCUGUUGAAGUUCCAUAGAAAUGUGGAAUCCGUUCUUGAAAAGUUAACCGAUGAAACGCAGGUCUUAUCGAGGUUUGAGGGCUUUCCUACCAAGAAGUUGGAGACGAUGAGAACUGCAGCAGCGCUUUACAAAAAGUUGGAUAAUAUAAUAAAUGAACUACAAAACUGGAAGAUAGUGCCUCCAUUGAGCCAGGUCCUUGACAAUGUUGAACGCUACUUCAAUAAGAUUAAAGGUGAAAUCGAUGCUCUGGAGAGAACCAAAGAUGAUGAAACCAAAAAGUUUCAGAAUUACAACAUUCAUUUCGACUUCAGUAUUCUCAUACGAAUCAAGGAAUCCAUGGUGGAUGUUUCUUCAGGCUGCAUGGAGUUGGCAUUGAAGGAGAGGAGAGAAGCAAAGUUGGCAGAGAAUGAACAGAGUGGAACCAAAAAAACAGGGCCUAAAAAGGGGUGUGCAAAAAUGCUUUGGAGAGCAUUUCAGUUUGCAUUCCGGGUCUAUACCUUUGCUGGUGGACAUGAUGACCGCGCAGACACACUUACAAGAGAAUUGGCUCAAGAAAUAGAGUCUGAUCCGCACCAGAAUUAAUCGACUCUUUGUAUAUUUGCGUGUGGCGUUGAAGAUGAAAAUCCAAGAAGCAGUACGGUUUCAUACGUACAUAUAUAUAUAUAUACUUGUAUAUGUAUUAAUACGUGCUGUAUAAAAUAUGGUAAUCUGAGUUGUUUUUAUCUGUCACGCUGAAGCAAUUUUUUAUUUUUUUGGUGCCGUGACCUUGUAGAUGCUAUGUAUUCGGUCAUGAUUUUGAUAAAGUAGGACUUUUUUGUGCCUUUUUAAGAGUUUUUAAAAUUAAAGACGAGGCACCAUCCACCGAGCUAAAAGUACUCUGCUCCACUAUUCCAAUUUGUAAUUAAUGCUUUAUUUUUUAUUUAUUUAUUUUUUCCGCGGCUAGGAAUUUGUAAUUGAUGUUAGAUUUCAUUCAAGUGGGUGUUGAUUGAUUCCUUACUGAUUAUUUAAGUCUUGCUAGCUGAACUCGUAUUUCAUAUAUUUCACACGCACGACAUGUAAGAUAUCAGGCCACAAAAAACGGAUCAAACCAAUCCCAUGGCGGAGGGAAAGAAAAAGAGGGUGGUGGAUGAAGAGGGAUUGGAGAGUGGAAGGGAAUUGUUAUUCUUUAGUAUUUGCAGAAGUUAAAGUACAUUUCUAUUUAUCACCAAUAGUACUUAUUAAACUUUGCUUGAAUGAUAAUUAUUAGUUGUUUCUAUUUAUUAUUUUCUUAUUUAUCCAUUUGAAAACUUAAAAUCUAAAUGAAAAAAAUGAACUAAUAAAAUUUAACCAAUUAAAUU